AGGGUAGGCUGCGGCGCGGGGGAAGGAGACGCUGCCCUUCCGCGGCCAUGGCGCGCGGCGGGGGGAACGGGGCGCCGAGCGGGGCCGUGCGCCCGCGGGUUGCGGGUUGCUGGAUGAAGGCUGGCUCCAGGACACUGAGCUCGAUGUCAGAUGGAAGCUGGAUUUCCUUGUGAGUGGCUCGUGCAGCAUCCAUCCAAAAGUGUUCUUCCCCUUCGUGACUCCUGGAGGUGCUGAGGUCAUCCUUUAGCCAUGGCCUUUAGAAGGACCGAGGGAAUGUCCAUCAUCCAGGCCUUGGCAAUGACCGUGGCGGAGAUCCCCGUGUUUGUGUACACAACGUUUGGGCAGUCUGUCUUCUCUCAGCUGCGGCUCUCUGCAGGCCUACGUAAGGUACUGUUUGCUACAGCUCUUGGGACGGUUGCGUUGGCUCUUGCAGCUCAUCAGCUGAAGCGUCGUCGUCGCCGAAAGAAGCAGAUUGCUCCAGAGAAGUGUGGCUUUAAGCCUGGAGGCGUCACAGUGCCCAUCCUGCCAACCAGAAGGGUCUCUUCUGUGAAGAAAGGAUACUCCAGCAGGAGAGUCCAGAGUCCCAGCAGCAAGAGCAAUGACACGCUCAGCGGGAUCUCCUCCAUCGAGCCCAGCAAACAUUCCAGUUCCUCCCACAGCCUUGCCUCGAUGGUAGCUGUGAACUCUUCAAGUCCAACACCAGCAUCGGCCGGGAUGUGGGAGGCCCAGGCAAUGGGAGAUGGUGGAGCCAUCGGUGAUUCCAGUGCAGAAAGCCUCUAUGUUCAAGGCAUGGAGCUGUUUGAGGAGGCCCUGCAGAAGUGGGAACAGGCGCUGACCAUCAGGCAGCGGGACAGUGCUAGUUCCAGCACUCCUGUGCCCUGGGACAGCAAGAAACACCAAGAGAACUUGUCUGAGCAUGCAGAGGAGGAGUCCCAGAAAAGAGAGUUUGCUGAGAAGUUGGAGUCCCUCUUGCACCGAGCCUACCACCUCCAGGAGGAGUUUGGGUCUUCACUUCCAUCAGACAGCAUGCUGCUGGAUCUGGAGAAGACUUUAAUGCUUCCAUUGACGGAUGGGUCAUUACGGCUUCGCACAGAUGAUGAAGACAGCUCAAUUUCUGAGGACUCCUUCUUCUCUGCAGCAGAGCUCUUUGACUCUCUUCACUUUGAGGAAAUACCAUACCACCUAUCAAGGCCGGUAGCAGCAUAUGAAGAAGCCCUGCAGUUAGUGAAAGAAGGGAAGGUUGCAUGCCGGACGUUGAGGACAGAGCUCCUUGGCUGCUAUAGUGACCAGGAUUUCCUUGCAAAGCUGCACUGUGUCAGGCAGGCCUUCAAGGAGCUGCUGGAGGAUGAAAGCAAUCAACUGUUUUUUGGAGAGGUUGGGAAGCAAAUGGUGAUAGGAUUGAUGACAAAAGCUGAAAAGAAUCCCAAAGCUUUUCUGGAAAGCUAUGAGGAGAUGCUGCAUUAUGCACUGAAGCCAGAGACAUGGCCGACCACACAGCAGGAGCUGGAGGGAAGAGGGGUGGUGUGCAUGAGUUUCUUUGAUAUUGUGCUGGACUUUAUCCUCAUGGAUGCUUUUGAGGAUUUGGAGAAUCCCCCCUCCUCUGUGCUGGCUGUGCUGCGCAACCGUUGGCUGUCGGAUAGCUUCAAGGAGACGGCCCUAGCAACUGCCUGCUGGUCUGUUCUGAAAGCAAAAAGGAGGCUUCUAAUGGUACCAGAUGGCUUUAUCUCUCACUUCUACUCCGUAUCGGAGCACGUCAGUCCUGUUCUAGCCUUUGGUUUUCUGGGGCCCAAACAGCAGCUUGCUGAAGUCUGCAGUUUCUUCAAGCACCAGAUAGUACAAUAUUUGAAGGACAUGUUUGAUCUGGACAAUGUGAGAUACACAACAGUGCAGCUGCUGGCAGAAGACAUCUUGCAGCUGUCACGGAGGCGCAGUGAGAUCCUCUUGGGAUAUCUGGGCACAGAGAGCUCCCCUGAGAUGAAUGGCACACUUCCCAUUGAAAACGAGCUGCUGAAGGAGCUCAUCUGAUGGCAAUCAGAGGAGGAAAACAGUUUUGUACAAGGACUUUUUUCCUCACAGAAUUGGAUUAAACUACCUGCAAUGGUCAGUGGUGGCCACAAGACUAUCUCAACACACAGCAGCCUGGUGGGACCUUCUGCUUUUUGCAGCCAGUACUGUUUGCUGGGAUGGAUCCAGGACCACUUGCCAGCUUAUGGUUUGAAUUUUGUCUUUGUUCCACCCUUCUGUACCUUUUAUUAUUUUUAAUGUGUCAGAUAAAUCAUGAACUGAAUGGGCUGAGACUUUUGCCCAGUUCUCUUGAAUAGGGCAACCCACGUACCUGUUUGGCCUAUGUGUUAUCUGGCAGAUGGUUCCUGAUGUUUAUGGUUGUGUUGGAGGAGCAGGAACAUGACUGGUAAAUUCUCCACUUGACCCUUGGCUUCUCAAAGAGGUUUAUGUUGCUUUGGGAUUUUUAUUACUGUUAUUUCUCUGCUGUGUUUCUACAGACAUUACUGCUGAUUUGACUUCACAUACUUUAACACACACAACAUGACUAGCAAUUUUUUCUUUCCCCAGGGAGGAAGUAGUAGUUCUGUAAAGCACUGAAGUAAAAUGUGGACUUUUGUAACCAAUCUGAAACUCUGAGGAAGCUGAUCUGUUCCCUCCAUGUUGCUGUUCUUUUCAGGCCAGAUGACUUGCUGUGCUGUGGUCAUCUUUCCUUAGGAGAUAGCUGAGGUCUGUGUUUGCUCUAAAGGCAAGCUGUUGUGAGGAGGGGGUGGAUUUGCAUCCUGCCUGCGCACACACAAAGUCUUUAACAUCCAUCAAAGUGCCUUGCUGUAUUUCAGAAUUAGCCAGCAGCAGUUCUUGCUAGGUAAGAGUAAUGCAGGGUGAAGUACACAAGCGGAAGGAACUGGUAUAGCGUGAUGCCUGUUCCUAUUACGCACAAGGCCAGAAGACAGGUGGAUGUUGGAUGUGAUAUACAGAAGAGAUUGUGCAGGUACUGGGAGAACUGGGAUCAAGCUGCUAGAGAGGAAACAAUUUUUUUAAUACUUUGUUUAUCCUAAGAAACAAUACAGUUUUGGUUAUAUAGUAAAUGCAUGUGUAUAUAGUGUUGAGAUGGGCUGUUCUCAUGUGAUAUGAUACUGACUGCACAACUGGCACCUGAAGUCUGGCUGGAUCAUUCUCUGAAUAGGAGAUUAGAUUAGGCUAGCAGCAUUUGAGUGUGCUGCACUUGAGAAAUUCAUGGGUUUUGUACAAGGCUUGCAAUGAUGUACUGAGUUCUCUGUGACUGUAAUGCCGCAGGUGAAGGCUGAAGGUGCAGCCUGUCCUUUCUCUUGUUUUUGUCCACACACGGCUCUCUGAGCCCAGGCUAAGAGUAAGGAGGUAUUCAGGGAGAAGAAAAUGGGGACUUGAAUGAAAACACAAGCUUCACUGUUGUUUUGUUUUUCCCUAGAUUUGUUAUCCCUUGUGUCUACCCCAGGUAAAAGUGCAAGUAUGACCUAGCUAUGGUAUGGUGUGGGGGAAGGUAUAGGGUAAGAACCUGGAGUUUCCAUAGGAAUGGAAAAUCAGUAUGUGCACUCGGAGAAUAACAUUUUUCUUCCUCUUCAAAAACCUAAUGUGGAUUCUGCUGUUAAAAGCAGGAAGUAAGCAGGGAAAAAGUAAACAGGAGGAUGUAAAAGGCAUAAAUAAUGCUCCCAGGAUGCUUGCAAGAGGGCAGGAGCAUGUAACAUCUGUUCUGUAAGCACAUCAGACUGAUGUGGCUUAUCCUGGAGACAAGAUUAAUGCAAUAAACAGGACAACAUUGAAGCAGAAGUAAGGAGCAGCUGACCUGAGUGAAGCUGCAUUAAAUAAACUGUUAUGGGAAGGAUUUAGGAGAACAAAUGAAACAAGGAAAGGUCUCUGAGGUGUCUUGCUUCUGGCAGAAUAUACUGUGAGGAACUAGAGGAUGUCGUGUUAGUGUGACACACCUGUUAUAUGUACACUGUGAUUUGAAUGUAUGUUAAAUUCUGGAAGCAAGUUACUUUGCCAAAAGAUACUUUAGUGCUUUAUGCUAUUGUAUGGCAGGUUUGUAACAGAGUAACUUCAGCAACUUUGUGUAGUGGUUUAAAGAUGCUAAAACGUUUAGUUCAAUGUAAUAAGACGGACUGUAAAUUUAAACAGUGCUAUCCAUUUCAGAUUUUUGUGUUUUAUGUAUAUUUAUUUACUACUUUGGGUGCCUUUAGGCCUUGGUGCUCGGGGCAGCCUGCCUGCUUUGUGUAUGGAUGAGACCACCGGUGGCUCACAUCACAGGGGAGGACACUACAACAGGGUCCUUAGGAAGCAAAUGCUAACUUGCAUUGUAGCUUCUUAAAUUAUGAAACUGUAGAUUCCUAAUCAGUGACAUGGAAGAAAGAUAGUUUUAUUGCAGUUUUAUUCUCUUGCUUAGCCCUUAUUCCAAGUGGAAUAUGCUGCCCUUGCAGGGAAGGUAAAGAUGGAUGUUCUGGAAGAACAUCUGCAGCUUUUUGAAGCUUGAGUUCUUCCUCUCCAUCUGCCAACACUAAAUUGUUCCUGCUCAAGCCAAGUAUGUCUGCUGAGACAAACCGUUUUGCCUGAGCAGAAUGGUAUGCUUUCCUGCAUCUCCCAAUCCCCCCAAUUCCUAUUUCAUCACUGCCUGAUCCCAGCGUGGCUUUAGAGGAAAUGCAAAACAUUCUCGCCACCUCUAGGUGGUACUGCUGAGACCAGUGGGUUCAGAGCCCUGACUUGAGGGGAGUCCCCUCCUGCAUUCAGUUCCUUUUAGAUGUGAGCUGGAGUAGGUGUUGGGGCUGCUUCCACCGAUCCCUUCUAGAGCAGGGCUCAGCUGAAAUGGCAACCACCUCAUACUCAUCUGCUUCACAGGGCACAGCGAAAGGCUAUGCCUGAGCAGCUGUCUGCCCUCCAGCUUCGUAAGGGAACAGCAGAACAAUUUUUUCCCUAGCAUAUUGUGUUUAGCAAAGGAAUCCUUCAGCAUUAGUAGUAGAUGAGAUAUGUAUUUGGGUAGAUCCCAAGAGGUAUUUGCCUCUUUUAUAACGCACCCUUUUUCUCAAGGGGUUAAAUCAUUCUCUGCUGACACUUGUAAGAUUUGAAAUGGCUUAGCAGCUAUGAAAUAAAAUCCUUUACUAGUUUCUGAUACUUAAACAGAUUUGCAUGACUUUCAGUUUUUACACGGGAGUUGUAACGAGCUUGACUAGCGCUUAAAGUACAUACUCAGUACUUCAGUAUGUAUGUGCUAAACUGAAUGGCUCUAGGAGGGUCUCUGUGAUCUUUAAAGCAAAAGCAUAUUAAAAAUUGAGGAAAAUCUGCCUUGUUUUAUGUACAAGAUCAGUGUGGCUUUGAAAAGCAUGACUUGCGCUGUCUUAGACACGAAUGUGGGAAAAGCAGGAUUUUAUUUACCCCUCUUCAGUUCAAUGUUCCUCUGCCAUAUCUGAAACUAAUGAAUGUAAACUUGUGCCUGUUUUUUGUUUUCUUCAUGUCCUAAAGGUGUAAAUAUCUGUCUGUGUUUUGCUUCUUUUUUUUUUUCUUUGUGACUUUUUUUUUCUGAUACCUCUAAUCUUAGGAUGUGGGCAUUGCAACUUGAAUAAGUCAAAUAAAACUUUCCUUCACAA